UUGAUUCGUGAGCAGGCUGCCAGGCUCUCAUUGUGACUGAACGGCACGGGGACCGCUGGGCUUCCCUCGCGCUGCUACUUUCUGACCCGGCGCCUCCAUCCCGUGCCCGCUCCAAAGGACACACUGCCCGGGCAAACUUUUCUCUGUGAACACAAAGGCAGAGCUGCAGGUUUGUCAAGGUGAUACAGCUUUCUGUCAAGGACCAAAGGGUUAAAGGAAGCGGCGAUGCCCUCUGUGAUGGAGAAGUCUCCAGGCUCCACUGCAAUCAUCUCCCGCAACAGAGCCAAGUCAGACGGCUUGGGAAGCAAUUCCGAGGAGGACAGCAGCGAGGAUGAAGCGCCGAGGGACAGCAUGAUCCGAGUGGGUUCAGAUUACCAAGCUCAGAUCCCUGAGUACAAACCAGACUCUGCAACUCAGAACAAUGUGGAGAUGAAGGGGAUGUUGGUAUGGUCGCCAAAUCAUUUUGUAUCAGAUGCCAAAUUGGAUGAGUACAUCUUAAUGGCAAAGGAGAAACAUGGCUACAAUGUGGAGCAGUCUCUUGGUAUGCUGCUCUGGCACAAACAUGAUGUUGAACGCUCUCUUGCUGACCUUGCAAAUUUUACACCAUUUCCUGAUGAGUGGAGUGUGGAGGAUAAAGUUCUUUUUGAACAGGCAUUCAGCUUUCAUGGAAGCUUCCAGCGAAUACAGCAAAUGCUCCCAGAUAAAUUGAUCCCCAGUCUGGUGAAAUACUACUACUCAUGGAAGAAGAUCCGAAGCAGAACAAGUGUGAUGGAUCGGCAGGCACGUCGACUGCAGAGCAAGCGGGAGGAGGGUAAUGAAGAUGCAGAAGAAGUGCCUAAAAUAAGCGAAAAUGACUUGGAUGCUGCCGACAUUCGGAAGGAGGACUCUCUGAAAUCUGCAUCCAGUGCAAAGCCUGGACCAGUCAAAAAGGAACCUGUGGUGUCUCAGUAUCGACAUCACCCAUUACGAUCCCGUCAGAGGCCACCAAAAGGCAUGCAUCUUGGCAAGAGUGAUAUUGCUGCUGUUUGUGCAAGUUCAGAAAUGCCAGCACUCACUCUGAGUCAACUGGACACACAGCUUGUCUCACUUAAGCUAAAUACCAAACUGAAUGCUCGCUGGACCACAGAUGAGCAGCUACUUGCUGUUCAAGCCGUCAGACGAUAUGGUAAGGAUUUUCAGGCCAUCUCGGAGGUUCUGGGUAUAAAAUUCCGUUCCCAGGUGAAGACUUUUUUCAUAAGUUAUCGUAGACGGUUUAACUUGGAAGAAGAACUUCAAGAAUGGGAAGCAGAACAGGACAUUGCUCCAUCUAAUGCGCCGAUGGGCUCCACCAGUAAGAGCACUGAUACCUCUCAGACGGCCCCUGAAGAUGAGGUACAAAUCACAUCAGUAUCCUCUACCACACAAACUGUAACGAUAACUACCACAGCGCCACCUACCACUGCCACUUUGUCUCUUCCACCUCCACUUCUGCGUCCAGCCCUGCCAUCAGCUCCCACACUGCAUCGUCAGCCACCUCCACUCCAACCAGGACGCCUACUUCAACCUCGUCCUCCGCCUCUUGUGGCCCCAGCUCCCCGGCAGAGCCCCUCGGGACCACCUGCCCUAUUAGGAAAUCAUGCGAGCCAGCCUUCUCAUGAAGAAUGCUCUUACGUUUUCUAUGACAAUUUGUGAAUGGGGAGGGUUUAUUUAUGGGGUAGCACUGAAAUAGUAGUAUUUAAACAUCUAACCUGUGAAACAAAAUCAUCUAUUUCAAAGGAUCAGCACUAAAACAUUGUGCGGGCAGGGAGCCCUUUUACAGCAGGAUGCGCAAUCAUGUGGAUGUAUGGAUCAGAGAGCACAAAAACGGACUCCUAAUCAGUGCAACUAAGAAGGGAAUCUUUUUUUCAAUAUUGCAUUGAAUGUGUUUCUAUGUACUUGCUGUCGUCCUCUUAUGGAUCAGUUGAACUUGUACAAGACUUUUUUUCCCCCUUUGUGGAUGUGUCCUAUGUAGCAGUAAUACAUUUACUUGAAAAGUAAAAUGUCUACAGCUGUGGGGAAAAGUAAUGGCCCUGUGUCUCCAAGAUGGCUGUGUUUCAGCUUCUGCACAAGCUCUUGAUGGUGAGUUUUUAAGCUUAUUUCUCAGGUUGGUGUCAUUAAACAAAAAAAUGGUGGUGUGACCGUGUUGUUCAGCCAUGCUAGGAUACACUUAUUUGGUAUGUAGUAGUGAAUUUUAGCUUUGUGAA